AUCGUUUCCACUCUGCACUUUCCUCGCAAGCACUCUCGAAAACAUUCACUUAUUCCUAGCAUAUCCUAAGCACAUAUUUGCCACUGGCAAGAUACGGUCGCAAUCGCCAUGCCGGAGGAUCUCUCCUUUCUUGACCAGCUCGAAGACUGGCUAGAGGCCCAGAUUCCCAACAAUCUUCACGAUUUACCAUCCAAGAUGUUUGAUACUGUUGAAAAAUUAACAAACGAUCUAUUUGAGACUCUCAAUGUUCAUGGUCCACCCUCUAUCUCAAUACCCUUUCCACCUUUCGGGGCCAAAGAAGUGCCCACUGUCCCUCUCCCUCCUCCCCCCCCUCCUAGUAGCACAAUUUCUUGCUGUCAAAAUGCGGUCCAUAGAUCUGGUCGGUUCGUGAAGACCCAUCCUAUCGCUGUUGGCGCGGUCAUAUCCGUUGGCUUGGGCUUCACGGGACUUUUGGCAUACCAUGGUGCAAGCUUCUUUGCUAAGGGGAGGAAGGAAAAAAGACAAUUUGGCGUCAACGGUGUCGUGCGCGACGGUAUGUUGAAAGAGGCUAUUGUGAUCCUCGCCCCUUCUCCCAUGCCUCAUAUCCUUGUCCCGCUUGCGGCGAGUCUUCUGAGGGCAGGAUAUAUUGUAUUGAUUGCUGUCACCAAUAACAGGGAUGCGCAAUCUCUUGAGAAAAGGUUGAAUGGAUUGGAGGAAAGAUCCGCCUUGCGUGUUCUUGUCUACGACCCGGAUGACCCUUCUACUUUCCCUCCUUUCCAUCGCUCGCUUCUUGCCACCCUUACUCUCCGUUUCCCUGUCAGUGGAAGGUACACUGCUGGGGAUCCAUACAAUCCACAACCAUCUCAAUUAGCUCACAUCCAUGCUUUCCUUUCCCUCUAUCCCCUCCACCCAUCUCCACCAUCUCAGCCAGGAGCCCUUCCAGCUCUACCUACACUUCUCGCUCCUAACCCCGACGGCAGUAAACCAAUGCUGGUGAAUUUUUACCCGUCAGGCUCAGUACCGACGACGCCUGUUACUUUUGCUAGCCAGAUUCUCUCUAGCAACCAUGUGUUGCUUGGUAGGAAUCUGGCAGCAUCCUCUGGUGCUAGAGUCAUCUCCAUAUACAUUGGUGAUGUUGAUCUACCAACUCUGCCUGCGAUCCUCAGUCAUGGCAAAACUCUUUCCCGUCGUCAGAUCGCAAAGGAACGACUUGCGCAGGUAGCAUCACCGCAGCAAAAGGUGUCUAUCAUUCGAGACUAUAUCUACGGCUCAUUCAAUGCUGUUUUCAGUGUGGUCAUCGGAUCACUCGGUCUGGGGACUGCAGUGAGAGAUUACAAGACGUUUGAAAAAGGGGUUCUGAAAGCCAUCAAAUCGUCCCACGGCCAACUUUUCUUCAUUGGUCAACGAUCAUUCCUUCCAUUCUUUGUUGCACAUCUACCUAUCCCCAGCUCCUUCCUUCCUCCUCUUUUAGCGUACCUGCCCGCAAUGCCCUCUUGCACCGGUCCUGCGGCUUCUGAGCACGUCAAAUCCGCCGGCUACAAGAACAAAACUUCUGUGGCCAAACAAGGGGCGACUAGCCGCCAGGACGCAAAUGGGGAAAAGGAGAGGUUGUCAGCUUCGGAGGGCAGUGAACAUGAGGCAGGAGAAGACCUCAUCAGCUCGGUGCACACUGGAACGAGCACCAGUAGUAGAGGUGUGGGUAGUGAGAGCUCGGAGGGGGCUAGCGGUCUUGGAGGUAGUUGGGUUGGAUUGGAGGACGCCGUUUGAGCUUGCAUGCUUAUAGGCGCUCUGAAUUUCCUGCGACACAGUGAAGUUGCCUGGGUGGAUGGAAGGUGUAUGGUUUGUCUGUUCGCUCUUUGCUCUUCGUUGUUUUGAAUUGAAAUUCUCAAAUCAGUUGCUUGUGGUUCCAUAUGUUAUGUAAUUAUAUAUCACGCUUUUCCAAAGCGGGCGGCUGACCGAUGUAUGACUGGUCGUUGACUCUGUCUAGAGACACAGCAGAGAGUGCGGCCAUUAGUACUUGAUGAGUUCUUGUUUGUAGAUCUCACCAACUCGCAAGAU